AUGGCCCAUCAGAAGCAUCUUCUCCAGAAAUGGUUCCCGCAUACGUCGACUCCAUUUAUCGCCAAUGCACCUAUGUUCGGGUUUGCAGAUUCUCACCUAGCGACCGCAGUGACAAAGGCUGGUGGCCUUGGAUUUAUCGGCGGAGGGUUUGACUUUGCUAAAGAGUCAGAUCAACUCACGAAGCUUGAUGAUCAGCUAAGCAAGGCCCGCGCAGAGCUUGGAGCCAUUGCUCCGAACAAACUGUCCAUCGGCGUCGGAUUCAUCACAUUCAAGCCCACAGGAUUUGUUGAAAAUGUGAUUCCAUUGAUUCAAAGUCAUCGACUAGCGGCAGUCUGGCUAUCUUUCCCCGAAUUCGACGCAGAUCAUCUGCCUCUCAUUGAGGGAAUUCGUCAGGCCCGGGAAAAGAGUAACUGGGAUGUUAAAAUAUUCGUACAGACAGGGACUGUUGCAGCUGCUAUGGAAGCCGUUAAGCAAGGGGCUGAUGUCGUUGUCGUGCAAGGUUCUGAUGCUGGAGGGCACCAGUGGGCACAGGGAGCUAGUCUGAUCUCGCUUGUACCCGAGGUACGCGAUUCACUCGUGGAAGCUGGGGUCGCAUCUCAUACUGCGAUUUUGGCGGCUGGUGGUAUUGUAGAUGGCAGGGGAUGUGUCGCAGCACUUGGAUUGGUACCAUCUGACGACAUUCUCCUGAAAAUAGGCGCUGAUGGAGUAGUCAUGGGCACCAGGUUUGUCGCUGCUACGGAAUGUCCGGCUCCAUCUCUUAUAAAACAGGCGAUUCUGUCUGGCAGUGACGGCGCUACCUCGACCGUCAAGUCCAUCCGGCAUGACGUCUUCCAGUCGACUGAUGUUUUCCCCAGGCAGUAUGACGGAAGAGCCGUCAUUGGAAUUAGCUAUGAUGAGUCCAAAUCGGGUGCCAGUGACGAGGAAAUUAUCCAGCGAUACAAGGAUGCCAUCAAGAACGGAGAUGACUAUCGGCGGACCGUAUGGGCUGGUGCGAGUAUCGGCGGAAUCAAAGAAGAGUUGUCUGCAUCUGACUUGAUCAAGGGUGUCCAGCAAGAAGUGAAGUCUGUUGUGAACCGACUGAAAAGUAUCUGA